UGCAUCAAAAAAACAUGUUUUUUUUAAUGAAAUGCCAGAAAUGUGCUUCAGAUGUGUUCAAGCCUGAAGACCAAGACAGGAAAUGGAGCCUCUGCUGCUUUUAGUUAACUUCUCUAAUUUAUGCAAAUUUAUUCCAAGUUUACGUCUUAACAUUACAAAUGUUGGCUGUUUGAUUCUGGACUUUGAUCUAUGAUACAAACACAAGUUUCAUGUUUUUUCAUUUUUAGUUAUGCCGUACUCUUUACCAUAAGAUGUCUGGAUUCAGCGUAUUUGUCCUGCACCUCUGUGUUCUGGCAUGUGCGUUUGAUGCGUCUCUGGCCUGGUCUGUAGAUUUGCCAAGUAGAAUCAAAGGACUGCUGGGUUCCUGCCUCGUCAUCCCUUGUUCUUUUGACUACACUUCAAAUCCACCUCAAAGACCAGAUCGUGUUGUUUGGUACCAGUACAGGUUCAUAGGCUAUCCUUUAGCUUCUGAUAACUGGCACCCAUCAGAUGUGAUUUCCUUAUUCAAAGGAAGAACAAGUGUCAUUGCUUCUCCUAAAAAUUGCACUCUAAAGAUAGAACGAGUGAUGAGGUCUGACAACGGACAGCGGCUUUAUCCUUGGGUUGAUCCAGACCAUAUUGGGAGAAGAACCUACAGAUUUUUUGAGAAAACUGUGACCAUUGAAGUAGUGGACAGGGCAGAGGAUCCAAAGAUUACGAUCACAGGAGACAUGAAGGUGGGAAAGUCGGUAACUGUGCAGUGCUCCGUUUUUCAUACCUGUUCCACCAAUCCCCCGGCUCUGAGUCUCAACAUCCCACUUAAAGACGACUACAUACAGCAUACUCACAUGAAAAAUGGCACUACAACUACCCUGACAACAACUUUCGUCAUACAGCGAGACCGUCAAACUGUGGAGUGCUCUGUAUGACACCCUGGAGGUCGAACAGCUAAAUAUUCUAAACCGUUUGAUGCACAAUGCUCCUUUUCCCCGUUGAUUAUCAGCCCUGCAUCAAAUGAAUUUCUUGAGGGAAUUGCAAGCCCAGUAACCUGCACUGCCUCCUACACGUGCCCUCAUCAUAUACCGGUUCUCACAUGG